AUGCAUAUCCAUAGAAUUGAUACAUUCCUUAUAACUGAAAAUGUUCGUGUAGAAAUAGUUUAUGAAUCAAACCCUUAUUUUGCUGGUGAUCCUAUAGUGGCAGUUAUUAGAUUAAGACAUCUGGGUUCCAAACAAGAAUUAGAGUCUUUAAUUAAAAAACAAGAGGACUUAACGAUUAGACCAAACAGCGAAUCUGGUCAAAAUAACAAUAAUGAUGAUAAAUCUUCGACUAGUCAUCGCCGAACCCGCUCUACUCAUUCUAAUAUUAGUGAUCAUCAAAGUCUAACUAGCCAUAGCAUAACCGAUGUACAAGAGGAAGAAGAGCAGCAACAAUCCUGGGGUAAGGUAAGAUCUAUUUUUAAUGCCUUUAGAGGUAGUUUGGAUGCUGGAUAUAAUAGACCAGUAAACCUGGACGAAACUCUGAAAAAAGAACGUCAAUUGAAAAGGCUUAUGAAAUACCAUCAACCUGUAACACUAUUAUCUGGAUUUAUCCAAGUAUCUGGUAUGUUUCAAUAUGAUUCUACAGUUAUUGAUAGAAAUAAAUUGAAAAAAUUGAAUACAAAAAUUGUUGGUUUAGAUUCUUUAAAUUCGAAUAUCUUACCUUUGAAUAAUAACUCUAUAAAUUAUACAUCAAGUUUUUUCAAAGCACCACAAUUAGCAUCAGAAAUCAAUGCUCAAGAUUUAUCACGGUAUUUGACAUCCGAUUAUGAUUCGGUGACAAGCGGAUUUUAUAAGUCAAACAAUUCACAAUCUAUGAUUAUCGACGGCAAUGACGUGGCAUUUGUAUUAUCUAGCCCGAACUCAGAAUAUAAUAUUCAACAGAUACCAACGUUAUUGAUCCCACAGACGUUACUAUUCACUGAGUUAACUUUAGAAGCGGGUGAAUUAAAAGUAUUUAGAUUCAAGACUGACUCACUUCCUGUUGAUAUUUGCCCCACAUAUACAAAAUCACAAUCUCUAUCAAUUAGUUAUUCAUUAGAUUUUGGUGUAACGAAGUUAUCUAAUGAUGAUAUGGAGAAAUUUCAAGUUAAAGUACCAAUUAGUAUAGGACCAUUCGUUAAUAAUAAAGGUAAAGAAUAUACAUGUAUUAUAGAUCGAGAACCAUUAAUCAUGGAACCUGGGUAUAUUAAAAAUAUUAAGUCGCCACAAGUUCAAAGAAAAGUUUCAAUUGCUUCUACUAUUUCCAGUGUCCCAGCUGCUAGAAGAAAUUCAUUCCUAGUUAAUGCGAGAGAAGCUAAUGAUAAUUUAGAAAGAUUGAAAACCAAUUUUAUUAAAUUAGUGGAGAGCAAUAAGGAUAAUUCUCAUCAUAUUGAAGAAUUGGUUGAUAAACAAAUUGAAUUACAAUUCGGUUCACUUGAUAGUUUUGAAGAUGACUCUGAAGGUGAUCUUAAUGGCACUAAUUUCCAAUCUAAAAGAAAAAAGAAAAAAAAUACAGUAAGAGAUAAUAUUUCAAAUAUUUCUGUAACUUUAGGUGAUGGAACUAUUACUACCCAAGAAGGUAAUAAUUUCAAAGAUAAAUUGAUCCCUCAAUUGAACGAUCUUCAACGAAUGUAUAAGAUUAAUAACAAUGGUAUGUCUAUUGCUACAUUGAAAUUAGCUAAGGAAUUCUAUAAUAAUUCAGAAGAUGUUGACUUGAUAUUAGAGUUGAAUCCCGAAUUUGCUGAAAAUAAUAGAAUUAGUGCCGCAACAGCUGCCCUGGAAAUAAUUGAAGCUUUAAAUCCUAAAUUUGUUAUGGAUGGAUAUCAAAAAAACAGUAAUAAUCAAGUAACACAUAUUGCAGACUCACAUGCCUUAUCAUUUGACAAAUGUACUACAAUACCGUUCAAACUAAUCUUACCAAGAACACCAAUGAAUCAAAUAUCGAGCCAAUUUAGUAGUGACAUAUUUCAAGUCAAAAUGAUGAUAUCAUUGAGAUUUAUUAUCAUAACAAAUAACAGCGAAACACCUAUAAUAUUUAAAAAUUUUGAGGAUAAGAAUGGUAUACUCUAUCAUUCGUCUGAUAGCUUAGAGGGGGACGAAUUCUCUUGCCGUGUACCACUUCCAUUUUUACCAUCUGACCAUGCAUUCGGUGGAUGGUAG